GUUCGACAGUGGUAGCAGACGCCGGCAUUCCCAGCAGAUCGCUCGGUCUAGUGUCACGGAUUUUAGCGACCAAGUGUGAUCGCAUCGAGUAUUUUAAUUGUUUAUACCUGGUUCUCCUUAUUAAUAUACUUCGCGUUCGAACGGAUAUGGGUUUCAGGGUCACGAACAUCGCGUGGUACUACAUCUUGGGCUCGUUUCUGGUGGCGUCAACGCUGGCUCCGGUGUCUUGUAUGAAUCUUCCUCCACCCGACAAUAACAACGGCUGUGACGCAAAGGAAUGCAUCCCUCUGCAAAAGUGCCCGCAUCUGGUGCAGCUCCUGAGGACGCCCACGAGCGAGAGCAUUCGGAAGGUCCAGGCGGCUACCUGUUUCAUCGAGCGUUCGAUUCCAAUGGUAUGCUGUCAUACCACGAGGGCAGUGAAGCCCCCAGGUAACAAACUCCUCCCCAGUAAGCCCGGAACCUGCGGCCAAGGAACCACCAAUGGUUUGUUGAGGAUUUUCGGAGGCCAAGAAGCCCCCAUUGACGGAUACCCUUGGAUAGCAGCUAUGGGAUAUUCAGAACUUGGAUUCGGAUACAUCCAGUAUCACUGCGCGGGAUCCAUUAUCAACGAAAGGUAUAUAUUGACAGCGGCUCACUGCGUGUCUCCCGCGGUGCUGAACCUGAAGAAAUUGGAAAUCAUAACCAUCGGAGAUUGGGACUUGUCCACCAGCCAGGACUGCCAGAGGACCUCCACGGGGCUAGAACUCUGCGCUCCUCCGGCCCUGAAUUACACCUACGAGCAAAUUAUCAUACAUCCCAAGUACGACACCCGGGCGCCGUACUCUGAUGACAUUGCUCUCAUCAGGCUGUCUUCGCGUAUUGAUCUUUCAACAAAGUGGGUGCACCCGAUCUGCCUCCCUCCGCAGGGGAUGAACGUCCAGCGCCUGGUGGGUGACAGGGAGGCCGUUGUUGCUGGAUGGGGGACGACGGAGGCGGGGCAGGGCAGCUCACGCCUUCUGCACGUGCUCCUCCCGCUGGAGACCAUCGGGUUCUGCAACAACACCUACGGCGGGAAGAUGGUGAAGGGGCAGGUGUGCUUCGGUGGGGACGUGGGCCAAGACUCGUGCGCCGGCGACUCCGGCGGACCGCUGGUACUAGGGGGUCCAAGGGACCAGCCCCCGUUCCUCCAGAUCGGAAUCGUGUCCUACGGACCGUCCACCUGCGGGCUGGACUCCGUUCCCGGCGUCUAUACCUCCGUCAGCGACUACAGGGACUGGAUCGACGAGAAUGUUCGACCCUGAAAAGAGUUUUUGACAAUCGUGGCCUUUUGACACAUACCCUUUUGAUGCAAGUCCCUUUGACACAGACCUCUUUGACAAAGGCUCCUGUGACUCACGCCCCUUUGACACAGAUGUUCAUUUGACAUACGUUCCUAUGACACGCAACCUUUUGAUACAUGCCCCAUUGACACAGGCCCUUUUGACACAGGCCCCUUUGACACAGGCACCUCUGACUCACUCACCUUUGUUUCAUGCCCUUUGGCACAUACCCUUUUGAUUCUUGCCCCUUGACACACGCCCCUUUGCCACAGGCCCGUUUGACUCAACCCCCUUUUGACACAGGCUCCUCGACCUGCCCCUUUGCACAUACCCCCUUUUGAUUCACACCCCUUGACAUACGCCCCUUUGACACAUGUCGUUUUGACACACGACCCUUCGACUUACGCCCCUUUGACACAUACUCUUUUGAUACACUUUUGAGACACGCCCCUUGACACAAGCCUCUUUGACACACGCCCUUUCGACACAGUCCCCUUUGACACAAGCCCCUUUGACACACUCCUUUUUGACACACACCUCUUUGACACAUGCACCCCUAAUCAUCUGCGAGAUUACGGGGCUGAGAACUUCAUCCCAAAAUGCAGUAUUUAUAUUUCAAAGUCAGGUUGUAUUUAAUGUAUCAGUAUUUAAUGUAGUCUUAAGAAGACAGAAAUAAUAUAAGAUAAUGUGAUGUUAAAAUAAAAGUUAUAA